CCAAAACUCCACAAACAGGCCCUUUGCUUUCAAUUCGUACGUUUGUCCCCAUCCCUCUUCUCUCCGUGUUCAACUGGCUUUGAACCAAAACCCAUCUGCUCCGUUGUUUCAAUUCCUUAGCAGCAAAGCAUACGCCAUUUUCUCCAUCUCCAAAACCCUAACACACUCUUUCGAUCCCACGCAAUGGCCGGGAGAUCAGGCCACGAUUCCUCCAUGAUCGUCACCAACACCCCAGCUAGAGAUCUCGUCCACACCAAUUUCGCCUACUGCUCCCCCUCCGAUCUCCGCAAGUUCGCCGUUCAUGGAUCCAAUCUCGCUCUCGCAUCGGUUGGGGAUUCAUGCGUUCUUUCUAUUUCUGCCCAUGAGAGCAUUCCUAAUGGUCAUAUUGCUCUUAAUGCUAUCCAACGUCGCCAUGCGAGAGUUUCUACGGGGGACUCAGUAUCUGUGAGCAGAUUUAUCCCACCUGAUGACUUCAACCUAGCAUUGCUCACUCUGGAGUUGGAGUUUGUGAAAAAAGGGACUAAAGAUGAACAGAUUGAUGCUGUUCAGUUGUCUCAGCAACUUAGGAAGAGAUUUAUUAACCAGGUUAUGACAACAGGACAGAGGGUAACAUUUGAGUAUCAUGGCAAUGGUUAUAUUUUCACAGUUAAUCAGGCGGUCAUAGAAGGGCAAGAAAAAUCAAAAGGUAUUGAAAGAGGGAUAAUUGCAGCUGAAACGUAUAUUAUUUUUGAAGCACCAAAUUCCAGUGGAAUAAAGAUUGUGAACCAGCGGGAGGCUGCUAGUAGCAACAUCUUUAGGCAGAAAGAGUUUAAUCUCCAGUCACUCGGUAUAGGUGGUCUAAGUGCAGAGUUUGCGGAUAUAUUUCGAAGAGCUUUUGCCUCUAGAGUUUUUCCUUCCCAUGUGACCAGCAGACUAGGCAUCAAGCAUGUCAAGGGAAUGCUGCUUUAUGGACCUCCUGGUACUGGGAAGACACUAAUGGCUCGCCAGAUUGGAAAGAUGUUAAAUGGCAGGGAACCAAAGAUUGUGAAUGGGCCUGAAGUGCUAAGUAAGUUUGUUGGUGAAACUGAGAAGAAUGUUAGAGAUUUAUUUGCUGAUGCCGAGAAUGACCAAAGAACUCGCGGUGAUCAAAGUGACUUGCAUGUUAUCAUUUUUGAUGAAAUUGAUGCAAUUUGUAAGUCAAGAGGUUCCACUAGAGAUGGUACUGGGGUUCAUGAUAGCAUUGUUAACCAGCUCCUUACAAAGAUAGAUGGUGUCGAGUCUUUGAAUAACGUUUUGCUCAUCGGAAUGACUAACAGAAAGGAUUUGCUGGAUGAAGCACUUCUGAGGCCUGGACGUUUGGAGGUUCAAGUGGAGAUAAGCCUCCCUGAUGAGAAUGGUCGUUUACAAAUUCUUCAAAUUCAUACAAACAAAAUGAAAGAAAAUUCUUUUCUCGCUCCAGAUGUGAACUUGCAAGAGCUUGCUGCUCGGACAAAGAACUAUAGUGGGGCAGAGCUUGAAGGCGUUGUAAAAAGUGCAGUAUCAUUUGCUUUGAAUCGGCAACUAAGCAUGGAUGAUCUUACUAAGCCAGUGGAUGAGGAGAGUAUAAAAGUCACCAUGGAGGAUUUUCUGAAUGCCCUCCAAGAGAUUAUUCCUGCAUUUGGAGCCUCCACAGAUGACCUUGAACGGUGCAGAGUUAAUGGCAUGGCUGAAUGUGGGUCACGACAUGAGCACAUAUAUCAAAGAGCCAUGCUGUUGGUGGAGCAAGUAAAAGUGAGCAAAGGAAGCCCACUUAUUACCUGUCUUCUGGAAGGCCCAAGUGGCAGUGGUAAGACUUCACUGGCAGCUACUGUUGGUAUUGACAGUGAUUUCCCCUAUGUCAAGAUUAUUUCUGCAGAAUCAAUGAUUGGCCUUAGCGAAAGCAGUAAAUGUGCAAGGAUUGUCAAGGUAUUUGAGGAUGCUUAUAAGUCACAAUUAAGCAUUAUUGUUCUUGAUGACAUUGAAAGGUUAAUAGAGUAUGUUGCAAUCGGUCCUCGUUUUUCAAAUAUAAUUUCUCAAACACUGUUGGUCCUCAUCAAGCGGCUUCCUCCAAAGGGCAAAAACGUGUUAGUGAUCGGGACAACAAGCGAAGUGUCUUUCUUAGAUUCAGUUGGCAUUCGUGAUGCUUUCUCUGUCACAUACCAUGUUCCAACAUUAAAGACAGAAGAUGCUAAAAAGGUGUUACAACAGCUAAAUGUUUUCUCAGAUGAUGACAUCGAUUCUGCUGCAGAGGCCCUGAAUGAUAUGCCAAUCAAGAAACUGUACAUGUUAAUUGAAAUGGCCGCCCAGGGAGAACAUGGUGGGGAGGCUGAGGCCAUUUAUUCAGGCAAAGAAAAAAUCGCAAUCUCUCAUUUCUUUGAUUGCCUUCAAGACAUGAUCCGAUAUUAGUGUUAUACCAGUUUGUAAACAUGCUGCUCUUACCGCCCUCCAGGUUUAUGAACCACAGCUUUGUUUCUUAUGCUUGUUUUAUAUCAUAUAUCAUUUUCUCUCUCUGAUAUUUCGUGUCAUUGUUUCAUCUUCUGUGAUUGCGGGAAUGUAGGAAAGAAUUCAUCAGGAUUUGAGAAACUCAAUGUACAAUGUACAUGUUCCAUCUAUGGAUACAUAGCCUUUGUGUUUUCA